AUGGCAUCUACAUCCGCACCCAACACGCCCCCGGAGGCACCAUGGAAAGCCACGUUCAAAGAGCACAUCUCCAAGAUGCAGAGCCCCGAAUUCGUCUUUUCCUCCCUCCACCCAGCACCCCAAGGCUCACCGGUCCCCUACGUCCCCCGCGCGCGAUACUGCAUCAUGCGCAGUUUCUGGGCCGAACUGCCCGACAACAAACACAACACCGCGCCCAUGAACGACAGGAUUUACGAGUCCGAUAUGCCGGUCUUCACCACCGACGUGCGAAUGCAGAAACCUUUUGAGCUGUUCAGUUCGAGCUCUGGGAAGGCUGAUCGGGAAGGGUUGGUGAAGGGCAGUGGAGGGGGAGGGCCUGUGGAAGCGGUUUGGUGGGUGAAAGAUGUGAUGGUGCAGUGGAGGAUGAAAGGGGAGGCGUUUGUGAUUGGGCCGGAUAUUGAAGAGGAGGGGGAGCAGAGUAGUGGGGUUCGGACUGCUAAGAGUGAGCUUGGGAAGAGGAUGAGGGUUGUGAAGGAGGAGGGAAAGGAAGGGUGGAGUUGGAAGACGGAGGUUACGGGACAUUUUGGAAAUAUGAGCCCGGGGAUGAGAGGUGAGUAAUUGUUCUCGGUCCCACGAGUCGCAAUGUAUUGUGAAGCAUACUGAUGAUUUUGGAACAGGUACUUUUGCAGCACCGCCGCCUGGACAACCCGUCUCAGCUCCCUACGACGAUCAGAAGCUCAAACUUGGGGAGAAGGUCGAAAGUCUUGACGAUCCUGUCGCCAGAGAGAACUUCCGCGUCGUUGUCAUCAAGCCGGAGGAAGUAGAAAGCGUGGACCUUUCGGACCCGAAGCAGUCGCGAAGACAGGUCUACAAGUUCGAUGAACACACACAGAGCUGGUCUCACGAGGAGUGUUGGCCUUGA